AUGGACUUCCUUCUUAGCGGGGUGGCCGCUUGCGGGGCUUGUGUGUUCACCAACCCGCUGGAGGUGGUGAAGACCCGGAUGCAGCUGCAAGGCGAACUCCGGCCUCCCGGCACCUACACCCGCCAUUACCGCAAUGUCUUCCACGCCUUCUAUACCAUUGGACGGGUGGACGGGCUGGUGGCGCUCCAGCGGGGCCUGAUGCCCGCCUUGGUGUACCAGUUCAGCAUGAACGGCAUCCGCCUGGGCUCCUACGGCAUCGCCGAGUCGGCCGGCUACACCCGCAGCCCUGACGGGCAGCUCAGCCCUCUGCGCAGCACAUUGGCAGGGGCGUUGGCUGGGGUGAUAGGGGCCGUCACAAGCAGCCCAAUCUACCUGGUCAAGACCCACAUCCAGGCGCAAUCAGCAGCUGAGAUCGCCGUCGGGCAUCAAUACCAGCAUGAGGGGAUGCUCCAUGCUCUGGUGAUUAUCCACAGAGAGCACGGCAUGGCGGGACUCUGGCGCGGGGCGAUCUCGGCCGUUCCUCGAGUCAUGGUGGGAUCUGCCACGCAGCUGACCACUUUCUCCUCUUCCAAGGAGUUCUUUGGAAAUCUUGGGAUCUUUCCAAAAGACGGCUGGCAGGUGGCCCUGAGUGCUGGGAUGACCAGCAGCUGCACCAUCGCGAUCGCCAUGACCCCCUUUGACGUGGCCAGCACCCGCCUCUACAACCAGCCUGUGGGGCCCGAGGGUCAGGGCUUGAUGUAUAAGGGUCUUCUCGACUGCCUCGCUAAAAUAAUCCGCACAGAGGGCCUCCUCGGGAUCUACAAGGGCCUGGGGGCCUCCUACUUCCGGAUCGGGCCCCACACCAUCCUCAGCCUGCUCUUCUGGGACCAGCUGCGCAACGCUUACGCCCGCUGGACGGACCAGCGGUGA